AAGGUCUAAACCUUGAAGAAGCUGAUUAUCAUAUUGAGAAGUGAAGAAAUAGCAAAACGUUAGUCGAGUUCUCGAGCUCGUCGGGGUUGACUCGCUACUCCCAGAAGCGAGAAGUACUAUACAUCGUGGCUAGAGUUUGCGAGGCAUGACUUCGUCCAUUUUCCUCACAAUGGCUGGCUGGACUAGUGACAAGUUUCGACUGAGCUGCCUGGAGAAUCAGGGUUUGAAACGUGCCCUGCUAAAAAUGCUCAUACUGGAUAAUGGCAACAGCAAGAACAGCAACAUCGAAGCCGAUAGAACAGCCACCGAGUACCUGGUCGAUCAAGGAGCGCCCAACAACAAGUCGCUGCUCAGCUUUUUUGCAAUCAAUGCUCUUGAGCUGAGUGCCCCCGCUAGUCCCGUCCUCCUGGAGCACAACGCCCCAGCGAUUCCCUCCGGUUGGCUGCAACUCUCGGGCCAUCCCAAAAGCAUUGCCCCGGUGGCCAAUGGCAUCGUCCGCAAGCGCGUAUCCGGACCCAACGACGCGGAAGUUAUGGCCUAUCGGCAGCUGUCGAUCGAUUCCCACGCCAGCAAGGUCGUACCCAAGUUUCUCGGGGUGCACCGACUGAAUGGAGAACACUUUAUCGAACUGCAGGAUCUGCUGCACGGGUUCCACGAUCCGAACGUGAUGGACAUCAAGAUCGGCUUCCGGACGUUCUCCGAGAACGAGGUCUCCAAUACGACGCUCCGGGAAGAUCUGUACAAAAAAAUGAUCGCCAUCGAUCCGCAUGCUCCCACCGCCGAGGAGCACCAGCGAAAGGCCAUCACCAAACUACGGUACAUGCUGUUUCGGGAGAACAUGUCCUCGUCGCAGGAGAAAGGUUUCCGGAUAGAAGCACUCAAAAUGCGUGGCUCCUCACCGAUUACUGAUAUGAAGACAGUCAAAACAAGCCAGGAAAUCCAGGGAACCAUAUCGAAUUUCGUCAACGGGCGCAAAAGCGUCGCCAAGGAUAUGUGCAAAAGACUGAAGCAAAUGCGAACGCUUAUAGAAAAGUCGGAGUUUUUCCAGCGGCACCAGGUGGUCGGCAGCAGCAUUUUCAUCGUGUACGACGACCACAAGGUGGGCGUGUGGUUAAUCGAUUUCGCCAAAGCUUUGCCACUGCCCGAAGGUGUCAAGCUGGAUCACAGGAAACGUUGGACCUUGGGCAACUGCGAGGAAGGUCUGUUGUUUGGGCUCGACGAACUGGUUCGAACCCUAGAUGAUGUGCAUCGAUCUAUCCAGCAGUCGUCACAUGAUUUAAAGAAAUAUGGUCGCCGAUAGAGAGGUAUUCUGGUCCAGAGGCGGAAUGCAGCGGCGUCGUAGACCGAAGAGCUAGUCAGAAAAAUGCUAAUUGAAAAAAAAUCAACCAAGACUGAAUUAAUUGGCACUCAUUUGCCAGUAAUAUUUUUCUAGAAGCUAAUGCCAGUUAAUGUUAUUCGUAGGCAUAAGGCAUGUAGGAAUUGAAACAAACCAGUGUUAGCAUUCAAAUCGCCGUAAAAAGUUCAAUACUUAAUCAAAGUCUUGUGUGUGAAAAAGAAAAGACAUUUCCUACUUAAUGCAAAGACAUGCUACUUAACACAAGCGCCAUUUUCACCAGACAAAUUUUCCACAUUGGAAAACGAUCAAUCUAUUUGCCUUAUUUGCUUGUCAUGUAAAUUAUAUAUUAUCAAGUUAAUAAAGUCUUAAGCCCCCAAAGUACAUGGAUAGUCGACACUCCUCAAAUUAUUAUUGAUUUAGCAUUAUUUAUCCUUACUUUACAGAGUGAGAGGAUCUUCGUUAAUUAUUGUUACAGUUGAAUAAAUUAUAAUUAUAAUUUUUUUUUUGUUCAACAUGUUCCAACUAAUUAGGGA